AUGUCGGAUCUCAACGGGGCCCCGAUCACCGGAGCCGAGACCACCACGAUGGAGUCCAAGUCGACAUGGUCGUCGACCUCGUCGGCGGAGACGGAGUUAGACAACUUCUGGCAUGAUUCGUCUUUGUCGAACCAUUUUUACACUACACAAGACACUACUCUAGACACGUUCAACUUCAAUGAUGAUAACCUCUUUUUUGGACCUUUCGAGUCCUGCAACAACUCUCUAUCCCUUAGCCGGGAUCAAGCCAUCAGUCAUGCGACACAGACGUCCACUGCUGGUGUCGACUCUAUCGACUUUGCCAACCCUUCCCAGUUGGACUUGAGCUUUCCUCAAGCGCUCAUGCCCACGGCAACGGAUCUUGACACCGUUGUGACGGACAAUGGAGAUAUGGAUCUGUCGUGGACAACGAUGGGUCUGCAAGACGGACCAGAUCAGCCCCUAAAGGACAAGAUCAACAAUGCCCUUGUCCGUGGAGAUGGCGGGCGUCUUUUCGUCCCAGAGGACGCCCUCAAGACUAUCCUGUCACAGCAAGCAGUGCACGCUGAGCUUAUUGGCCAUUUCCCUCAUUUGCCAGCCCAGGAUGUGCAGAAGAUGGCCACAAGCAUCACGGCCAGCGGACAAGAUCUUCGGCUCCUCCGUGUCUUCGGGGUUCUCCUCCUCCUGGAUAAAGUCGACAGUAUCGUCGUCUUCCUAGCACAUGAAGAGCUGACUCUUCCGCUGAUGGAUUUCACGAACCCCUGCUUAAGCUGCUGGUCCAAGACCGACAUCGAAGCCUUCGAGAAGCUGCAGUGGCGCUUCUUCUCGCCAGUCUUCUACGACAUGGCCAAGCAAGAGGAUGAAUACGUCGACCUCGAGGAGAAGAUGAUUCUUCCUUACAUUGAAUCAUGGGAGAACAAGAAGCAGAACCACUACAAGGGUGGUAACUCUGAGGUGUGGAAGGUCAAGAUCCACGACGCGCAUCACAACUUCAAGAACCUCCAAACGGCCAUCCCUAAUAAUCCGUACUUCGCCAUCAAGAGGCUCAAGUCCAAGGACGAGGAAGCCUUCCAUCGAGAAGUUCGCAACCUGCAGCGCCUGCACGACGCAGACCAUCCCAACCUCCUGUCCCUGCUGGCAACGUACAAGUACAGAGGCAGCUACCAUUUGGUGUUCCCUUGGGCCGAGAGUGAUCUUAGGCGACUGUGGCAGUCCACCGACAAUCCGCAGCAACCUGGCAGAGACGAGAUGCGUUGGCUGGCGAACCAAUGUGCCAGCAUCGCUGACGCCUUGAAGUCCAUCCACGCUGGUGCCGAAUCGUGGCUGAAAACCACCGACGAUCCUGCCGGCCAACAGAGACUGAUGAACAAAAUCGGUAUUCACGGUGAUAUCAAACCUGAAAACAUUUUCAUCUUCUCAAAGGGCCAGAAGGCCAAGGAACUUGCUAAUGAUCGAGACCUUGUCAUUGGUGAUUUCGGAGGUGGUGACUUCUACGAUGCCUCUAAGCACCCCGAUCCCCUGCGCCAAAUGACGGUCACCUACAGACCUCCCGAGUACGAUACAAAGCUCAAGCCCGUCUCCCGUUCUUGGGAUGUCUGGGGUCUGGGUUGUACCUAUCUCGAGUUCGUGACCUGGUUCCUUCUGGGUCGUGCCGGUCUUAAGGAGUUCGCGAAGCGCCGUACCACAAGGACCGCUGCUGGCAAGUUGUCGGACGAAUAUUUCGACACGUUCAUCGACCCCAGCCAGACCGGAGGAGUAGGAGCCAUCCUGAAGGGAUCAGUCCUCGCCUGGAUCAACGAUCUCUCUCGCCACAGGAAUGCGUCUCCGUUCAUCCGAGACUUCUUGAACUUCAUCACGCACCGAAUGUUCAUUAUUGAAGACGCCAUCGUCAACCGUGCAUCUGGUGACGAGGUUGCCGAGCACAUGAACUCCCUGAACGAGAAGUGUCGUCAGGACGAUUCAUACUGCGCGCCAAGCCCGCUUGCCACCUCCCCAUGGGAGGUAGAGAGCACUGACAGCAGUAUCACGACCCUGUCAUCGACCACGCCAGAUGACUUCACCCUGGACUUCACGACCACCGAGGAUGUUACUGGAGCACCAAACACAGCCUGGAACUUCUCCAUGGAUCUCAACCCUCUCCAGUGGAACACGGCUCCGGUCCUGCCGGCGAACGGGCUCGCGACAUACAACAGCCUAAACUGUGCCGAUGUCCUGGGGACGUGGAACUACACGGCACCAGUGAUGUGGAACAACGAGAGCCUCGGCCAGGCCAGCGUGUCUCUUGAGAAGAAGCGCAAGAGGAAGGUGAAUGACGACGUGGAGAGCUUUGAAAGGCGAGUGUCGCCCAAGACCAGCACCAGCCCGCAGGAAAGUGGCUCUUCGACAGCCGAGGAGUCUCCUGCGGUGAGCAGCUCGAAAGCUGGUGAGAAGAGAUUUGCUUGUCCAUAUUACGCUUUCCCGGAGGGAACAAUGAUGCCAUCCCAGGAGGAGGCCUUGAGGAUCAAGAAACGAGUACCGCCAAAUACUACGGAGGAGCAGAGGUGGAAUGAGGUGUACCUUGUGCUAUUCCCUGAGGAGACUGGUGCCUUGCCUUCGCCUUUUUACGAAGACGAACCGACCGAGACACGGGUGCCCGAAAAUUCCAAACAAUCAGAGACCUCCGACCCCUGGCUUUGCAGUGCCUCUGAGUACGAAAGGUAUUUGACCGAGAGCCUUCCGCCAAGAGUCCAGCGCGAGCUAGAGAGGGAGGUCCAGAGGGAGUUCGGGUUCGUGGGCGACGCGGCGCAGACGCGAAAAGUGGUGGAUAUGGUGCAGAAAUUGCAGCUCAGGCUGUUCAGGCAAUUUGAGAGCGAGAGGGGUGCUUCGUCGUCAUCGAAGCGAUAG